CACUUAUCCACAAGUCGAACACUCUGAGAACCACUAGACUCGAAGAGGAACAGCAGUACACGUCUACUCCCAGUUUUGUUCUCCUGAAAAAGAUCCGUUGCAGGAUGAAAGCGUCCAGAGAUGCCACCAUAUUUAUUGACCUGAGCUUUCUUUCUCCUGAAGAGGAAGCGGUUAUUCAGAAAGUGCUUCUCAGAGACGAGGAUUUGAAAAAGAACGAGAUUGGACGUGUAAGGAAGCUGAGGGAGUCGGUCCCAGACCCGAAGCAGCUGAAGGUGUUAUCAGGAGAAUGGUUCGAGGACCUCAAGUCUAAGCGGUACGGCCGCCAGCCACACGUCUCGGCCGUAGUCCGCUCCUCCAUGAGAUGGAAGAAAUCAGCAGCCCAUAAACCCAAUCCCUUCUUGAAGGCUCUGCCCGAGGAUAAAGAUGAAGAAAAGAACAAGACUCACCCAGAUGUAUCUGCUGACCCCCGAUCGAUUCACCCAGCUCUCAGUCUACAGGUCCAGCAGGAAAACAAAGAUGAAGCCAUCACUUUGGAAGAGUCCCCUGGAGCUAAACUAAAAAGUCCUGUCCUUACAGUCUUUGAAGCAGGAUGCCAAUCAGAAUCCAAACUCCAUGACCAAACGCCUCUUGUCAAACCUCAGACACUAGAGUUUAUACAAGAGUCGAAGUUGAAACCUGCCAUUACAAAUGAAAUCGACACAAAUAUCUCAGAUCCUAGAAGAACAAUGCUGAAAGAGGAUUUGAGACUGGAGACUAGACCUGGACAGACAGAUAGAAAUGUGUCUGGGAAUUUCAAGAUACGAUCUUUUAGCAAAGCACAGGAAACCUCAGAUUGGGAAAUACCUCAAAUUGACAGUGAUUAUAUGUCCAAAGAGCCCCAAUCAAAAGCUGAGGUCGUCAUAAUUAACUCUAACCACAGGACAGAAACAAAAGGGACAGAAAAGCAGAAUAAUCCGAGAACCGAAAUGCUGAUGAAUUCUGGAUUUGGAUUCAAAGAAGAAAUUCAAUCUCCGAUACCAAAGAGAAGAUCUGGUAACGAAAUCAGAGUCAUAAACAUCACCACCAAGGAAAAAACCCCAGCAAGGAUGGAAGAGUUAAGUGUAGAUUUAAACAGAAAAGAUGAUCCAGGUAUUCUUGAGAAUCCAAAAAUAGGUCCAGUUAAUAAUGUAAACACACUAGAAUUUGUUAAUUUGGAGCAGAAUUUAGAUCGAGAGCACAAAGACAAGAAAGAACCUGUUCAGGAAAUCAUAGUCACCAACUUGAGACAAAGAACUCCAACAAGGACAGAGGAAUUACUUGUUGAUUUAGAUGUGAAAAAGGAUCCAGAUUUUCUUGAAGGCCCAGUCAACAAUGUAAACACACCAAAAUAUGCCAAUUUGGAUCAGAGUUUAGAUCUAGUGCAGAAAGAAAAGGAAAAGUCUGGUGAAGAAAUCGUGGUUGUUGGCUUCAAAGAAAGAUCUCCAACAAAGGUGGAGGAAUUAAUUGUUGAUGUAGAUGUGAAAAAGGAUCAAGAUUUUCGUGAAGACUCAGUUAAUAAUGUAAACGCACCAAAAUAUGCCAAUUUGGAUCCAGUACAGAAAGAAAAGGAAAGGUCUGGUGAAGAAAUUGUGGUUGUUGGCUUCAAAGAAAGAUCUCCAACAAAGGUGGAGGAAUUAAUUGUCGACGUAGAUGUGAAAAAGGAUCCAAAAUUUCUUGAAGACCCAGUUAAUAAUGUAAACGCACCAAAAUAUGCCAUUUUGGACCAGAGUUUGGCUCCAGUACAGAAAGAAAAGGAACGGUCUGGUGAAGAAAUCGUGGUUGUUGGCUUCAAACAAAGAUCUCCAACAAAGGUGGAGGAAUUAAUUGUCGACGUAGAUGUGAAAAAGGAUCCAAAAUUUCUUGAAGACCCAGUUAAUAAUGUAAACGCACCAAAAUAUGCCAUUUUGGACCAGAAUUUAGAUCCAGUGCAGAAAGGAAAAGAAAGAGUUGUUGAGGAAAUCAUAGCCACUGACUUCAAACAAAGAUCUCCAAAAAAGGUGGAGGAAUUAAGAAUUGAUUUAAAUGUGGAAAAGGAUCCAGAUUUUCUUGAAGGCCCGACUAAUAAUGUAAACACGGCAAAAUGUGUUAACUGGGACCAAAAGAGUUCAGAUCCGAAACAGAAAGAAAAGGAAAGAGUUGUUGAGGAAAUCAUAGUCGCUGACUUUAAACGUAGAUCUCCAACAAGAAAGGAGGAAUUAAAUGUCGAUAUAAACGUAGAAGCAAAUCCAGACUUUUUGGAGAAUUUAAACACCGGACCAGUUCACAAGGACUUCCGUAAAGAUGAGAAUACAUUAGCGGAAACGGACAGAGACGAGCUCCAAGAAUCGGUAGCUGGAGGAAAAAAUGUCUUUGAUGUGGAAUUGCGGAAGUCUGCAAACACUAAUCGAAGGGAUGCAAAGGAGACUGAAGAAAUCGGUGGAACAGAACAAGAAGGUCGUUUUCUAGACAGGGAAGAGGAAUGCGUGAUCUCUGAAAACGAUAUACUCGCCAGCGUUUACGCUCGUGCCAUUAGGCCCAAAUCAGGCGUGUCAAAAACAACUUUGGUACAAGAACCAGCGCAGAAGGCUGCAGACGUGAUUCCGACUAUAGUGAUCGUGCCGUCUGAAUCUGAGGAGAUGAAUGAAAUGAAGCGUGGGAAGAAUGAGACGCCUGGCCCUGAAGUGCUUGUUGAGUUUGUGAAACCUGCCACAGAUACCUGGGAGGAUGAAGGAGUGGAUUCGGAUGAGGACAGCAGCUCAGCAUCCAGCCACGACUCGGAUUUGUCCGGAAAAAGGGGCCAGUUUUCUGCCAGUACACUUUCAGUCACGGAGCGCACUGCCAGUUUGCUGAGCGUCUACAGCGAUGCCGGAGAUUUCGGGAACGUAUCGGUGCAGGGAUCGGUGGAGUUUGCUAUAAUGUACAGUCCACUGGGAGAGCUGGUUAUUAUGGUGGAGCAGUGUCAGGAUCUGGCCAUCGCAAACCUACGCAAACAACGAACAGACCCAUACGUGAAGACGUACCUCUAUCCAGACAAGAGGAGCAAGAGGAAAACUUCCAUCAAGAAACGCACAGUGAAUCCUGUCUAUGUCGAAUCGUUGAGAUAUAAAGUAAAACGUGAAGAGUUACAUGGAAAAACUCUGAAUUUAUCAGUAUGGCACAAUGACUCCAGAGGCAGAAAUGCCUUUUUGGGUCAGGUUGAGAUCAAUCUGAAGGACUGGGACUGGAAACAUGAAGCACUCACGUGGUACAACCUCCAACCAAAGAAUGUAGAUAAUCAGGAGUCGCAGGAAUACCGAGGUGUUUUAUGCGCCUCGCUGAAAUACGUACCUUCGGAAGCCACAGGUGGUUCUAAACUGGCUAUGGGAGAGAUUCACAUCUGGUUGCGUGAGGCGAGACAUCUGCGUCGUCUGAAGGCCCAGGGAGUCGACUCCUUCGUGAAGUGCUACAUGUUACCCGACACGAGUAAGAAGAGUCGCCAGAAGACCCGGGUGGUGAAGAAGACGCAGGACCCCGUGUAUAACCACACCAUGGUGUACGACGGGUUCAGAGCGGGCGAGGUGUGUGAGGCCUGCUGUGAGCUCACCGUGUGGGACAACAACAAACUCUCCAAUCAGUUCCUCGGAGGAGUGCGGCUCAGCCUCGGCACAGGUCAAAGUUAUGGGAAGAAAGUUGACUGGAUGGAUUCAGAGAACGAGGAAGUGGAGAUCUGGAAGAAAAUGAUGGCAAAUCCAAACAGUUGGGUCGAGGCAGAACUUCCCCUCAGGUCUUCCAUGACUCCCCGGAAGUGAGACCGACGCUAAAGACCAGCGGCAACUGUGGGGUUCGAUUUUAUUUUAUUUUUUUUUUUUACUUCCAGACUGAUGAUGAACAUGUACAUGGUCUGAUUUUUCGGGAAUCAUUUGAUGAGAUUUGAGUUUAAAUCCAACACAAAGCCAUCAGUGGACAUGUUCCUUAACCAUCAACAGCUAAAAUAAGUGGAUGUGUGCAAAAUGAUUAAAUGUGGAUGUAAAGAAAACACUGGAGUUGUAAAUAUUUGCAAAUUGCUGUAACUAGUUUCAACAGUGCUGCAAUCUGAUUCUGUUCAAAUGAAAUAUUUGUUUUGCCCUUCAUGGAAAUCUUGAAUGUAGUCAUGAAUAAAUUGGUGGAAAGGUGCGCCUCUGUCCAGCUGAAUGAUUUACAAGUGCCGCGUUGAUCAUUAACCGUGUGUGAGAAAGUGCCUCAGCCUGCUUUCGCA